GACAGCGCGGGCGGGGACGRCUGUGGCCGCGCCCUCCCGGCCCCUCCCGGCGAGCGAGCGGCGACCUGGCGGCUCGCACUGGGCCCAUGUCCUCCGCGCCGCCGCGCCCGCCCGCCCCGCGCGCCCCCAGGAUGAAGAAGGACGAGUCGUUCCUGGGCAAGCUGGGCGGCACGCUGGCGAGGAAGAAGAAGGCCAAGGAGGGCCCUCCUGACGGCCCUGGUGACCAGGAAGCACUGCCCCGGAUUCUGAAGUCAGUGCUGUGGAGCCAUCGCAGAGCCGCAGUGAGUGACCUGCAGGAGGAAGGCAAAAGUGCCAUCAACUCUCCGAUGCACCCAGCCUCGGUGGACAUUCACCCUGAAGACACGCAGCUAGAGGAGAAUGAGGAGCGCACGAUGAUCGACCCCACCUCCAGAGAGGACCCCAAGUUCAAGGAGCUGGUCAAGGUCCUGCUGGACUGGGUCAACGACGUGCUGGUGGAGGACAGGAUCAUCGUGAAGCAGCUGGAGGAGGACCUCUACGAUGGCCAGGUGCUGCAGAAGCUGCUGGAGAAGCUGGCGGACCGCAAGCUGAACGUGGCUGAGGUGACCCAGUCCGAGAUCGGGCAGAAGCAGAAGCUGCAAACGGUUCUGGACGCCGUGUUGGACCUGCURCGGCCGCACGGCUGGGCGCUGCGGUGGAGCGUGGACUCCAUCCACGGGAAGAACCUGGUGGCCAUCCUGCACCUCCUCAUCGCCCUGGCCACCCACUUCCGGGCCCCCAUCCGCCUCCCCGAGCACGUGUCCGUGCAGGUGGUGGUCGUCCGGAAGCGGGAAGGCCUGCUGCACUCCAGCCACGUGUCGGAGGAGCUGACCUCGACCACGGAGCAGAUGAUGGGCCGGUUUGAGCGAGACGCCUUCGACACGCUAUUCGAUCACGCACCGGACAAGCUCAACUUGGUGAAGAAGUCGCUCAUCACUUUUGUGAACAAACAGCUGAACAAGCUGAACCUGGAGGUGACAGAGCUAGAGACCCAGUUUGCAGAUGGYGUUUACCUGGUCCUGCUCAUGGGUCUUCUCGAGGACUACUUUGUCCCCCUCCACAACUUCUACCUGACCCCGGAGAGCUUCGACCAGAAGGUCCACAACGUGUCAUUCGCCUUUGAGCUGAUGCUGGACGGUGGACUGAGGAGGCCCAAGGCUCGCCCUGAAGAUGUGGUGAACCUUGACCUCAAGUCCACUCUGCGGGUGCUGUACAACCUGUUCACCAAGUACAAGAACGUGGAGUGAUGGGGACCCCAGACGGCGCGGGACGGUUCCGGGGCAAGAGAAGCGGGACCCGUGCCCCAGGCCCUGCUCAGGGAGACGCCCUGCUCCUCCCCGGCUGUGUGGCCCUCCCAUCCCUGCCUGCUUUGGUGGCCUUUCACCUGCUUUCCUUGCAGCCCUGCAGUGGUCAAGACCUGGGAAAAUGCAGCCUCUAGACACGGGGCUGGGCUCCGGGUCUCCCUCCCUCCCUCGGGGCAGGCUGAGGAGGUUGACUGUGUUGUCAAAAGAUGACACGGAGAAGCUCGGGCCCAGCCUCCGCUGGCCGCGCUGCCGCUCCCACCGGUGGCCUGGUCUCUCCGUCCACCCUGGCUGUUCGGGGCUCGGGCAUUUCCCCGGCGGGGCUGCCCUUGGACCAGGGGCCUUUUGACAAAAGGGUUUUGCAAUUAAAAAACUCAACCCUCACGUCCCCGGAACCCUGGGUGUGACCCAUGUCCUCCAUCCCUCUGGUUCCCGUGACUUCUUGGCCACUCUGUGUUCUUACUGACCUUGAGCGUGAGCUCCCAGGACCCGUGCCCUGCCACGGGCAGAGGGAGGAUUGGCUGAGGGCGUCCCUUGGCUUCCUGCAGCGGCCCAGGGCUGGUCAGGAGCUGGCUGGAGGCGGCUCAGUCCCGAGGUCCGUCUGGGGGUGGCCCGUCUGGGAUGGCCCAUCUGGGGAAUAGCCCGUGGGGGAAUAGCCCGUGGGGGAUGGCCCGUGGGGGAUGGCGGCCUGUCCCUUUGCUAGGCCCGCAGGGCGGGAGGCUCAGAGUACAGAGGACCCACGUCCCGCAGCUUGGAAGCCGGGGUCGAGGGGCCAGGUGCCCGCAGGACCCAGUUCCCUGGUGGCCCCGUCCUUGGCCGUCUCCCUGGUCUCCACAGGUCCCCCUCUGCCAGCGUCUCUGUUAAGCACACCUGUCACACGGGGCAGGGCCCACCCACGUGGCCUCAUUUCCUUGUUACCUCUUUAAGGCCCGUGUCCAGAUGUGGUCACACUGCGGCCCUGGGCUUUGGGGCUAAAUUUAGGGGACACGACACAGCCCAUGAGGGGGGCAUGCAGUGUCCAUCUCUGUCCUCCCGGUGCUCCCGUGGCAUCUCCCUCUCUGUGUCACCUAGUUAAGCUCUUCACCCUGGUCACCUUUGGAGAGGAAUGGCGUCCCCUCAGCUGUGUUCUCUGACCUGGCCCUGGCCACAGGGGGUCCUGCUCUGUGGCCUGCCCUGGCUGUUCCCCUGCUGUCUCCUCCUGGCCCCUGCCCGGCCAGCCCCUUCUCCAAGCUCUGUGUGCUCAUUAGCGACAGGAGGACAGGCCUCUCCGUCUCCUAGGCCCCCACCCCCUGCCGACCAGGGCUGGGGGUCAGGGUUAAUGUGGAUUGAAGGUCGCGCUGAAGGUUGAGAAUGUCCUGAGAGUCCUCCCUGGCUCCGCGUGGCUGGGCUGCCUGAAUGUCCUCCCUGGCUCCACGUGGCUGGGCUGGGAUGGGCUGAGAAGAGCAUUUUGAUGGACGUGGUCUCCCAGCAGGAGAAAGAAAUAAUUAAAACGGCAUUACGGCAUCUCCUGCGGGAUGCAGUGACAUUAAAGACCUCCUUGACAAAAUAUCCGGGGCCGGAACGUUCCGCGCUGCCUUCAUGACUCGCCUUCCAGGGCCGGUGGCCUGGACCUGCCCAGCCUUGCUCUCAGGCGGGCCUGGCCAGGGCGUUGCUCAUCCCCAGGGGUUUCGGGGGCCGAGGGGCGGAGAUGAGGAUCUGGAGAGCGCACCUGUGGCCUCUUAGCCAACUCCGGCAGCUUCAGCCUGAUCCUCGGCAUCCAGGGGGAGGACGUGGUCAGGGGGAGGGGCUUCCGCUUCUGAAGCAGCCCCUGGAGCCCUGCUGGACGCUCGCCUGGCCUCAGGUCAGGCCACUCCCCACUCUUCCCUUUCAAGAAGGACACUUGGAGGGGCCGCGGAUGUGCGGGAGCCGGGCAGGCGGCUGGCUCACAGCAGGACCGGUAAAGGCUGAGGUUUGGGAGGCGGGGCCUCUCCUGGGGCUGUGGGUGCAGCGACCUGCAGGGUCCCUUCAGGUCUUCUUGAUCCCUGCCCGGCCUGAGUGGGAGAGCGAGGGCCGGCUCUGAGGGCCCCUGUGCCGGGAAGUUCUGGAAGGUUCUUCCUCCUUCCAGGCCACAGCCUCAUGAUGAUUUUUCUCUGAAGAGGGGCCUGGCCCACGGCAGYGAGGUGAAGGCAAGGCCAUUUGUGUCCACCCGCGGGGGCAAAGGCGUGGACAGCCCCUGCACCAGGAGUCCCGGGUUCUCAGGCCCACGUGGAGGCUGGGCAGGGGCUGGUCCGGCCCUCCGGGCGGCCCCUGGCCUGGCCACCUGCAGCUGUGGCCCCUUCCCACGUGGCCUGGUGCAAGCCUGACCCGGCCCCCGUGUCCUUCGGCUGUGCUGGAGGGUGGUUUUAUUUUGGAAUAGCUGAAUCCUCUGAUCCUUUGUGUGCCGCUAUGUUAUUGUCUUUUUAAUUGUUCGAAGGACGUUUCCUUUGGAUUUCUGGAUAUUAAAUAAAAGCCACUAAAGCCCUGGCUGUGCUUUGAUCAGACCCACCUGGCUGACAGCAGGAAGCCAUGCAGCUUGCGACAUGAAGGCCCAGCGCCUCCGAGCGGGAGCGGCGGCUGGGGAAGUGCCCGACCGCCUCAGCGCGCUGUUAUUUAUUCCAAUAAAGGGCCGCUGGGCCGCCC